AUGAACAUGACAACGAUGGCUCCAAUCGGGAGAAAACACCCAAAAAUGUGGCAAUGGUACCAUAUCGAAUUGAACGAUGUGAUUUUAUUUCAAGAAUGGAAAGUUCAAGAUUCCGGAACGAUGAUUUGGAGUUGUUUUGUUGUGGGCUUCGCUGGGAUUCUUCUGGAAUUUUUGAAAUAUUCCGGAUGGGCGGUCUCUGAAAAAAUAUUGCCAGCUGAGAAACGAACCAAGUACGGUGGAAUUCUGGUGCCUUCCGAUAGCAGAUUCUGGACAAAUCACAUCAUCCAAUCAUUUUAUCAUUUUUGGCAAACCUUAUUGGCUUUCCUUCUCAUGAAUAUUUAUAUGACUUUUAAUAUUUAUAUUUGUCUUUCUGUCUGCUUGGGUCUUGCGAUUGGUCACUUCUUUUUUGGCUCCAGAGUGCAUUAA